ACUUUGUGCAGGUCAUAUGAUUUCUCAGUCUAGCUAGUAUCGUCGAAAUCCUGGGUUGCCAGUAAGGAAGAGCGUGUUCAAGUCAUAUAUUCAGCUGUCUCUGCGAUGAUCUCCAAGAUUUGUAUCGCUUUGCUCUGCAUCUCCUUGCUGCACAGCUGUGCCGCCUUUUCCUGGAAGCCUUGCACAGAUGUCGAGAGCAAAUCGAGCAUAAAAGAUGUCGACCUCACGCCCGAUCCACCGUUUCCUGGUUCCACUGCGAAGUUCACAAUAGAUGCCACAGCAGAUGUCGAGAUUGGCUCGGGAUCCUUGGACAUCAGCGUGGCAUACCAUGGCUUCCCAAUCUACAGCCAGUCUCAGGAUCUGUGCGAGAAGACAGCCUGCCCGGUGAAGAAGGGGCCCGUCAUAGUGGCGCUGGAGGAACCCUUCCCCAUUAUCACUCCCCCGGGUCCUUACACAGUACGCAUCACAGCCAAGGGCAAGGGGAACGAUGCGCCGCAGCUGUUCUGCUUGGAUGUCGACUUCAAUGUGGUGCCUCAGGGCAGCAGGGCGCAGCAAAACAUCCAGCCCGAGUCUUCCUGAGGCAUUGUGUAUUUGGAUUGCGGACCAUCAGCAGAGGUGCUUUACUCCACUUGUAUCUGUUCAAGACCGUUGUGCCAUGCCAGUGUUCUUUCAGGUGACUCCAUAGAUAGGAUAGCUUAGCAGCUGCAUUCACUGAAUGAAGCUUCAGAGAAAAAGUCCCACAGCAGAUGAAUCAGACACCCAUGUAAACAAGUACAGGCGAGCUGCGUCUGCUAUGGCCGCGCGGCCCG